AAUGGCAUACUUCAGUGAACUUCGUGUGUUUUGCGUGAAAGGUUUUUGUCAAAAUGGCAGUGUUGUGAGGGUGCAGCGUGAGUGUAAAGUAAUAUUUCAUAGAAGAGAAGGUUUAAAAGGAAAUUCGUGCCUGUCAUUCCGAAACGACUUCUGCUUUAACGGAUUUGCAAGCGCAUAUCUGAAGCCGAGAUUCGGGAGGAGCUUGAGGGAGACCUUGGACAUCAAUGUCCUGGCUGUGACGCAAUUCCAGCUGAAGAACUCCGAAAUGGACCGUCUUCUGACACAACACUUCAUUGUAUCCGUGGCCCGAGACUCUGAUGUCAUGAAGGUGAUGUCUCUCAUCUGUAUCUGCGGUCUGCGAGUAAUGUUGGAGGUGUCCCAAAAGGGGCGCUGCGCUGUGAUUUGGGAACAUCCAGCUAACUACGGCUGUGCACCAAGAUAUUUGGCUUUCGGGGGCGCGAACCUAUCAGCGAAAAAUGUCGCUACAAGACACCUGAGACCCCUCCCGAAAACGAGAACUGGGACCUGGUUGGAAACACGUUUUUCGAAGUGGCCAAGGCUUGGAUUAAAACCUACGCGUAGUUCAUCCGACACAGAAAGAGGCUAAACUAGUGGACGGUCAAUGCCAGUUCGCUUGUUCUGAGGUGUCGAUGGUAGAUUCCCAACUAUUCCGUUCAAAAAGCCUGAACAGCCACUAUAAAAGUGGUAACUGAAGUGUUUGAUGAAACGUUGGUUAACACCAAAUAUUCGACGCGUCUCUGACCCCCGGAAGUCGAAGUUUUACAUUGAACGCCACCCGCGACGAACCUACGAUGAAGAACGAAGCUUAACCCUUUGAAGCCGAAGAUCGUCUGAAUAUUAUUUAUGAAUUCAGUCCGUCCCGCGAAGAAAACCCUACACCUGACCAUUACGAAAAUCAGCUGGUUAACCCUCUGAAGCCGAAGAUCGUCUGAAUAUUAUUUAUGAAUUCAGUCCGUCCCGCGAAGAAAACCCUACACCUGACCAUUACGAAAAUCAGCUGGUUAACCCUUUGAAGCCGAAGCUCGUCUUCAUAAUAUUUACGA